ACUCAGGCGGCGCGGAGCAGUUUUGUGGUUCGUGAAGUAGUUUGGUGCUGGAAGUGUGAUAGGGCCAUUACGAAGAACAGACAGGAAGGAACGACAUGGCGCUUAACCUGACUGUCAACAGCGGUAACCCACCUCUUGGGGCGCUGUUGGCGGCCGAACAUGUGAAGGACAGCAUCAAUCUCUCUGUGGAAGAGGGCAAAGACACCAUGCUCCAUGUCUCUGAUCAGGUGCAGUUCAGUGACAUAAACUCCAUCACACGUUAUCUCGCCCGAGUGGCUCCAGCGUUAGGACUGUAUGGUUCUAACAUGAUGGAGCAAACUGAGGUUGAUCACUGGCUGGAGUUCAGUGCCCGUCGUCUUCGUGCUCAGUCAGAUUUGUCUCCUGCUCUGGCUGAGCUGGAUAAAGCUCUGGCACUGAGAACCUUCCUGGUGGGUCACAGUGUGACCCUGGCUGACCUCUGCAUUUGGGCUGCUCUCAAAGGUAAUGGCGAGUCACAGGCCAAGCCAAGCUCCUACCCGCAUCUGUGCCGCUGGUUUUCUUUCCUGAGUUCUCAGGUGCCAUUCAGUUCUGUGGGCAGUAAAUGGGCCAGCAAGAUCAUUGACAACAAAGCCACUCCUGUGGAAAAGAAGAAACAGGAUUUGGGAAAGUUUGUGGAGCUCCCCGGUGCUGAGAUUGGCAAAGUAGUGGUGCGCUUUCCACCAGAGGCUAGUGGAUACCUGCACAUCGGCCACGCCAAAGCAGCUCUGCUUAAUCAGCACUACCAGGUCAAUUUCAAGGGCAAGUUAAUCAUGCGUUUUGAUGACACUAACCCAGAGAAGGAGAAAGAGGACUUUGAGAAGGUGAUCCUGGAGGAUGUGGCCAUGCUACAGAUAAAACCAGACCAGCUCACCUACACAAGUGACCACUUUCCCACCAUCCUGCGCCUGGCAGACAAACUCCUUCAGGAGGGCAAGGCCUACAUAGAUGACACACCUCCAGACGUCAUGAAACAAGAAAGAGAGCAAAGGGUUGAGUCUCACAACCGCAGCAACUCUGUGGAGAAGAACAUGCAGAUGUGGGAGGAGAUGAAGAAAGGCACAAAGUACGGCCAGACCUGUUGCAUGAGAGCGAAGAUCGACAUGAACUCCAACAAUGGCUGCUUGCGUGAUCCCACACUGUACCGCUGCAAGAAUGCCCCUCACCCUCGCACUGGCAGCACUUACAAAGUCUAUCCCACAUAUGAUUUUGCUUGCCCAAUCGUGGACAGUAUUGAGGGGGUGACGCAUGCCUUGCGUACUACUGAGUACCAUGACAGAGAUGAGCAGUUCUACUGGGUAAUAGAUGCAGUGGGUCUGCGGAAGCCCUACAUCUGGGAGUAUGCCCGACUGAAUCUUAACAACACUGUACUGUCCAAGAGGAAGCUCACCUGGUUUGUUGACCAGGGCUAUGUGGCAGGCUGGGAUGACCCACGUUUCCCCACAGUCAGAGGUGUGUUGCGUAGAGGAAUGACUGUUGAGGGACUCAAACAAUUCAUUGCUGCUCAGGGAGGAUCCAAAUCUGUGGUGAACAUGGAGUGGGACAAGAUCUGGGCAUUCAACAAGAAGGUCAUUGACCCAGUCGCCCCCAGAUACACAGCCCUACUGAGCUCACAGGUGGUUCCAGUCUUCAUUUCUGAAGCCAAGGAGGAAAUGAAGGAGGUUGCCAAACAUCCCAAGAAUGCAGACGUGGGAAUGAAGCAGGUGUGGUACGGGCCAAAGGUGUUUGUUGAGGGUGCUGAUGCCAAAACUUUUACAGAGGGUGAGAUAGUCACCUUCAUCAACUGGGGAAACAUCAUCAUCACCAAAAUCAACAGGGACAGCAGUGGAGCGAUUUCCUCUCUGGAAGGCCGUCUGAACCUGGAAAACACAGAUUUUAAAAAGACCACUAAGAUCACGUGGCUGGCUGACACCACCCGUGCUCCACUCAUGCCCACAGUUUGUGUCAACUACAACCACCUCAUUACCAAACCAGUCCUCGGCAAGGAUGACAAUUUCAAGGAUUACAUCAACAAGAACAGCAAGGUAGAGGAGAAGAUGCUGGGAGACCCUUGCCUAAAAGACCUGAAGAAUGGUGACAUCAUUCAGCUGCAGAGGCGGGGCUUCUACAUCUGUGAUCAACCUUAUGAGCCAAUCAGCCCCAACAGCUGUAAGGAAAGUCCCUGUGUCCUGCUCUACAUCCCAGAUGGACACACGAAAGAGAUGCCCACUGCUGGCUCCAAGGGCAAGAGCCAAGCAGCUGCAAAAUCAGCCGAAUCUGCUGCUCCCAGCAAAGCCAAACAAGCUCCAGCCUCCAAGCAGUCCUCCAGCCCAGCACCAGCUGGAUCAGAAGAUGCAGAGAUGACCCCUCUCACUUCCGCUCCAGCACAGAAGAGCUCUACUGCCCCAACCCCUGCCGCAGAAAGUCCAAGCCCUGCUUCCUCCUCUUGUCCUUUCACUCGUGUUGCUGAGCAAGGCGAGGUGGUUCGAAAACUGAAGGCUGAAAAAGUACCCAAGGAGCAAAUAGAUGCAGCAGUGAAACAGCUCUUGGCUGUCAAAGCAGAGUUUAAAAAGCUCACUGGUCAAGAUUACAAGCCAGGCAUGACCCCGCCCACAGCACCUCCCUCACAGCCCUCCCCUUCAUCUGACUCCACCCCUGCAUCUUUAUAUGGGCGUGUGGCAGAGCAGGGAGAGUUGGUCAGAAAGCUUAAAACUGAGAAAGCAUCAAAAGACCAGGUUGAUGCAGCAGUAAAACAGCUUUUGGCUCUGAAGGAAGAAUAUAGGCAGGUGACGGGGCAAGAAUACAAGCCCGGAGCUCCUCCAGCUGGUGCUUCUCCAUCGACUCCAGCACAGCCUGCCACAACCACCCCUGCAGUGUCUUGCUCCUCAGACAUCUCUCCUUUGGCUAUUUACGAGCAUGUCUCUCAACAAGGAGAUCUUGUGAGGAAACUGAAAACAGAAAAGUCACCCAAGGAUCAGGUGGAUGCAGCUGUGAAGCAGUUGCUGAAUCUUAAAGCUGAGUACAAGCAGCAAACUGGGCAGGAGUACAAACCAGGUGUGCCUCCUUCCACAGCUCCCACCCAAACUCAGUCUAGCCAGUCCCAACCUCAGUCCAGCUCCUCCCCUCAGGCUCAAGCUCUGUUUGCAGACAUUACCCAGCAGGGGGAGCAAGUGAGACGACUCAAGGCAGAGGAGGCCGCUAAGGAGCAAGUGGAUAAAGCAGUAAAGACUCUGCUUGAGCUGAAGGGUCAAUACAAAGCCCUUACUGGAGAGGAGUGCAAACCUGUGACUAGCCCAGGAGCCUCAGGAAACACAGGAGGAGAAGACAAGAGCCGCAAGGAGCGAGAGAACAAGUCUGAGAAGCAGGGAGGAGGUGGAGGAGGAUGCAAACAGCAGAAGGGAGGAGAGAAACCUCAACAAGGUCAAGAAUCUGGAGCCGGUGGAGCAGGAGACAGCCAGGGGCCAAAGAAGCAGACAAGAUUGGGCCUUGAGGCAAAGAAAGAGGAAAACCUGGCUGAAUGGUAUUCGCAGGUGAUCACCAAAGCCGAGAUGAUAGAGUACUAUGAUGUUAGUGGCUGUUACGUGUUGAGGCCCUGGUCUUAUGCUAUCUGGGAUGCCAUCAAAGAAUUCUUUGAUCGGGAGAUCAAGAAGCUGGGUGUAGAGAACUGCUACUUCCCCAUGUUUGUUUCUCAGGCUGCCCUGGAGAAGGAGAAAACACAUAUUGCAGACUUCGCACCAGAGGUCGCUUGGGUGACAAGAUCAGGAAAGACGGAGCUGGCUGAGCCCAUUGCUGUGCGUCCCACUAGUGAGACAGUCAUGUACCCGGCCUAUGCCAAGUGGGUCCAGUCACACAGAGACCUGCCAAUCAAACUCAACCAGUGGUGCAACGUUGUGCGUUGGGAGUUCAAACACCCCCAGCCUUUCUUGAGGACCAGAGAGUUCCUAUGGCAAGAGGGACACACGGCUUUUGCUACCAAGGAGGAAGCCGAAGAGGAGGUGCUGCAGAUUCUGGACCUGUAUGCUCGAGUGUACGAGGAGCUGAUGGCCAUCCCUGUGAUCAAGGGCAGGAAAACUGAGAAGGAGAAGUUUGCUGGAGGAGACUACACCACCACUGUGGAAGCUUUCAUCUCAGCCAGCGGCAGAGCUAUUCAGGGUGCCACGUCUCAUCACCUGGGCCAGAACUUCUCCAGAAUGUUUGAGAUUGUCUUUGAAGACCCCAAGAAACCAGGUGAGAAGCAGCUUGCCUUCCAGAACUCUUGGGGCAUCACUACCCGAACCAUUGGAGUCCUGACAAUGGUUCAUGGAGACAACAUGGGCCUGGUGCUGCCCCCCAGAGUAGCAUGUCUACAGGUGAUCAUCAUUCCUUGUGGCAUCACAGCCUCUUUGCCUGAAGCAGAGAAAGAUCUUCUAUUGGCCCAGUGCUCCAAAUAUCUUUCCAGACUGCAGAGGGCCGAUAUCAGAGUGAAGGCUGACCUGCGUGAUAACUACUCACCCGGCUGGAAGUUCAACCAUUGGGAGCUGAAGGGUGUGCCCAUAAGGUUGGAGGUUGGGCCAAAGGACUUAAAGCAGGGCCAGUGUGUGGCAGUAAGGAGAGACACAGGAGAGAAAAUCAUUCUGCCAGAGGCUGAAACAGAGAAGAAAAUCAAAAACCUUCUGGAAGAGAUCCAGAAUAACCUCUUCAAGCGUGCUUCUGAUGAUUUGAACAAACACAUGGUUGUGGCAGAUACGAUGGAGCAAUUCCAGAAAGAUCUGGACCAGGAAAGGAUUGUACAAAUUCCCUUCUGUGGUGGCAUUGAGUGUGAGGACUGGAUAAAGAAGACAACAGCCAAGGAUCAAGAUCUGGAGCCUGGUGCGCCUUCAAUGGGAGCUAAGAGUCUGUGUAUCCCCUUUGAGCCCUUGAAGAUCCUGCAGCCUGGUCAGAUGUGCGUCAGCGGCAAAGAACCUGCCCAGCACUACACGCUGUUUGGACGCAGUUAUUGAGAUAUUCUGUUAUCCCUAUCCACCAACUAGUGGCUUCCCCCUUUUAAACAAAUGCACUAGCAAGAUUUGCUGAAACUUAUGACAUCUGUAAUCUUCUCUUACCGCUGAUCAAACCGCAAUUCCUAUGUCUUUCUGGCCAUAUUUUAAUUAGCUGAUCAGACAGACAGUUCUGGGCUAAGAUUUAGAAAUCCUUUGUGGCCGUAGUAAACCUUUGCACAUCUUUAUCCUAAAUAAAUACUUGGCAAUUGUAAUAAACUAAACAUUGUCUGUAAUAAAGGAAUUCUUAAUUUCUAUCA